AAAGCUGUCCAGAGGUUGCAUGUUGAGGGAAAGAACCACAUUCAUUUUAAAAGUUUAAAACACAGAGUAUGUGACUGUUCCUGCAGGAGUUUCAUCUACGCCUUCCUGACCAGAGGGCGUCCCGUCCCGCUGCCCAUCGUCCUCUCCGCCGCCAUCUUCUGCUCGCUCAACGGCUUCCUGCAGGGACACCACCUGCUGCACUGCACCCAGUUUGAACACACCUGGCUGAAGGACGCUCGCAUGGCUGCAGGUUUUCUCUUCGUGGUCGGUAUGAUCAUCAACAUCCACAGUGACCACAUCCUACGCAGCCUGAGAAGACCAGGAGAGAUCGUCUACAGGAUCCCUUACGGGGGGAUGUUUGAGUUUGUGUCUGGAGCCAACUUCCUGGGUGAGAUCGUGGAGUGGUGUGGUUACGCUUUAGCCGCCUGGUCUUUACCCGCCGCUGCCUUCGCCUUCUUCACCGUGUGCUCCAUCGGGCCCAGAGCCUACCAGCACCACAGAGACUACCAGCAGAGGUUUGAGGACUACCCUCGCUCCAGGAAAGCUCUCCUUCCUUUCAUUCUGUGACCGUGAACGACAGCCGGCCUGCAGCCUCCGCCUGCUUCAGUUGAUUGUUUUUAAGGAGCAUUGAUGGACUCACUUAACACUACAUUGAAGUGAUGAGCACGUCUGUCAUAAUAUCAUAUGCAUUAUUCUGCAUCAGUUCUUUUACUUUUGGUACAUUAACUUUAUUUUGAUGCUGAUACUUUUGUACUUUUGCUUUCUUUUAUGUGUAAAUUGAAUUGUGUUGCUUGACAAGGAAACAGAUUCCUUCUAUGUGUU